AUGGCGUCGACGACCCUGUCCGCGUCCCCCGGAAGCCCGGACGACUUCGGGCCUCCGGGGCCGUCGACGUCGUCCAACGGCCGGGGUACCGAAGACGGGUCCGGUGGUGCCAAGCCUCGUAAGGUCCGCCGGAGUCGCACCACCUUCACCACGUUCCAGCUGCACCAACUGGAGCGGGCCUUUGAGAAGACCCAGUACCCGGAUGUGUUCACCAGGGAGGAGCUGGCACUCCGGUUGGACCUGAGUGAAGCCAGGGUUCAAGUCUGGUUCCAGAACAGGCGGGCCAAGUGGAGAAAGCGUGAGAAGGCCCUCGGCCGCGACAGCCCGCCGCCUCCACCUCCCCCCCUGGGAUGCCCCGGAUCAGAGAGCAGGGGUCACGGCUCCUGCCUGGCACCUUUCCUGGGACACCCAGCCGACAUCUUCGCCGCCUCCGGACCCUUCGGUUCCGCCGGUGACCCCUUCUGGGCGACCCCGCAGUCGGCCCUGGUGGCGGCCACGCUGGGGUCCUGGACACCGAAACUGUACAUGUUGCCAGCCCCGUUCCCGGCUGCGGGACCCUGCCCCUUGUUCGACCCGGGUGCGAACCACAAGAGGGUCGGAGCGGGACAGAAGUCUCCUUCCACGUCCGGGUCGUCUUCUAGUCUUGAUCUUCUGAGGAUCAAGGCGAAGGAGCACGCCGCGAAGCGGACGACGUCGAGGUCUUGUUCGCCGGAGGAAAGGCCGGAGUCUUCUUGA